AAAUAAAAUCAUGUAGCUGUAAUGAAAGCCGUAACGUUUGCUUGUUUUUACAUGAUUCUGGGCACGUACUUGCAGAAACGUGCUCGCGGAUAAAUGAGAAGAGUCGACUGUGUCCAGAAGGGGGCGCUGUAUACACAGAAACGUCGCGCAGAACGGGAACUGAAUGGAACGUCAGAUAUCUGAACUUCCACUAAUUAAAAAGAAUAACGGAACCUAAAUAUUUGACUGUGAUAAUGAAUUAUUUGCCCCCAAAGUGGACGUAUUAAUCUGUAUGCUGCUAUGCCUUUUGUCAUGGGCCACGCUGCUUCCUAAGAGCCCCAUCCCUGCAUUUUGAAUCCGUUCCCGGCUCUGGCUCCGUCUGACCGGAGCUGCCAUGCUCCUCCCGCGGCUUCGCAUGGCUUUCCUCCAGCUCCUCCGCUCCAUAGCUGGUUGUCUGGUUCUGAACUUCGUGCACUGUGUUGUGCGAAUGGACUGCGAUGGGCCAGCUUUUUGGUCCAACGUGCCUUGCUCGCUCUGCAUUUCCUGUUCGCUGUGAAAUGUAACGAUUCGGCCGAACACUUGUCAAAACGUCAUUAGUAAAAAUGACAUGAUGUAUAACGGAGGAAGGCAAAUAUGCCUGGCACACACCAUAAAGAGAAAAUCUAACAUGGAAACAUUCAUCGUUAAUAAUAUCUAACAUUGUGAAACUCCAACUGUAUGUUAUUAAUAUCAGCAGGUAUCCAAGUGGGUUAAAGUCACGACCGAGGCGUGGCUGAUAAAAGUCUCAAGCGAUUCAUUUCAUUUGCUUGUCUUGACGCUAUUAAAUAAGAUUAAUUGCUUCAGUACAUACUUAUAUAAUCGAAUGGGUAUGAGCAAAGUACACAUGUCAUUAAAUUCACCCAUACACAUGCCAUUCAUAGUGGGAGUGUAAAUGAACGCCAAGCACCCAGAAGGCGUGGUUUGCUGCUCCUUUAAGGAGGCCGGCCCUUGAGCACAAAGCGUCCGGCUGCACCUCCGUCUACCUGCUCGCACCGCCUGUCUACCCCGUCAUCGGGCACUCGGCUGCACCUCCAUCUACCUGCUCGCACCGCCUGUCUACCCCGUCAUCGGGCACUCGGCUGCACCUCCAUCUACCUGCUCGCACCGCCUGUCUACCCCGUCAUCGGGCACUCGGCUGCACCUCCAUCUACCUGCUCGCACCGCCUGUCUACCCCGUCAUCGGGCGCCCGGCCGCUGGAAGCGAGCCUCUGCCGCGGCAGGGGGAAUCACCCAUUUUAACCUGGAGAUUCCGUGUAUUUAACGAGGGAAACUUAAGAUCUUCUGGGCUAACCCUCCGUUUGCUUCGGAACAGUGGCUUAUUUAUACCCGACGGCGAGAUAAUCAUCAAGUAUUUUGAUAUAAAAACAGCUUCAAUAUUCAGUAUACAUUAAGCAUAGAAUAAUCCGGGAAGUAACGCUGUUUUGAACUGAUAAGGAUUGGAAAUGCGUUUUACUGCAUGUUAUUCACUAAUGUGCUGAGCGAGGAGCCGCGGAAGGCGACAGCCACCGGGACACCGAUCGUUUUUACCACCGCUGGCCGUGUGUCGAGCGCGCAGUCUCCGGCUCACGGUGCUGACAUAAACGGGUUAGUGUCAUAAAUCACAAUAUGUGAUUUAUCUUGCCAACAGGAAACUGGGCGUCACCUCAGUCCUUUGCGGUUUAAUCAACGUUUUAGAGGCUUUUUUUUUUUUUUUUUUUGUCUAUUUAGCUUUUACAAAAGUAUUCUAAUGAUACCGUUAAGACUCUUAAGUCUGCAUCUGUAGAGUGUACCUAGUUACACUGUGUAUGUGUUUACAAUAGUGAAUAUGGCAAAGAAUGUGACGGACGAACCGAUGGACGAUUUAAGUAAAGUUCCUGAUGUUGAACUGCUGAAAUGGAGCAAAAAUGACUUACUUAAGAGACUCAGAACGGUGGAUCAGGAGAAGAUCAACUUGAUGCUUGAACAUGGCAACAUGAUGAAGGAUGUCAAUCGAAGGCUUCAGGUGCAUCUUCAUGAAAUACGGGGCCUGAAAGAGGUCAAUCAAAAACUUCUGGAGGACAACCACGAGCUGAGGGAGCUGUGCUGCUUCUUAGACGAUGACAGGCAAAAGGGCAAGAAGCUGUCCAGAGAGUGGCAGAGGUUUGGUCGCUACACUGCCAGUGUUAUGUGGCAGGAGGUGGGUUUGUACCAGCAAAAGCUGAGGGAACUGGAGGUCAACCAGGAGACACUGGUGCAGGAGAACAUGGAGCUAAAGGAGAUCAUCGUUAUGCUGGAUGAGCAGCGGAGUGGAGCUGGGUCCAGGAGCUCCAUUGACAGUCAGUCCAGUCUAACAAACCUGAACGGUGGAUCCAGCACUCUCCGAGAUGUCGGGGAUGGAAGUAGCACCUCCAGCACGGGCAGCGUUGGCAGUCCAGACCACCAUCACAACCACAGCCACACGCAGAAAGCAGGGGAACCUAAGGUGGAGAGCAACAGAAGGUCCAUGGAUGAUCUGUAUGCCCCCGCCCAUCACCGGACUAUCUCCACUGCUCUUGAUGAUUCAAGUUCCAAUUAUGUCAGGCAGCUGGAAACCAAAGUGCGGAUGUUACAGGAUGACGACAAGCUACUAUCACAGCCACGUAGCCGCUAUAGUUUGCCAAAGAUGCCAACAAAGGGUAACACAACCGGACUGAGGCCACUGAGGAAAGGUCUACCUCUGUGCCACUCAGAGUCACAGCUAUCCUCCUUGUCCCAGCAUAAGGAAGAAUCUCAGAAUGGCAGUGCCAGAAUUGCACCCAAUAGUGUCGCCACUAAGACCGGACUCCUGCCAACAGCCCAGAAACCAGAGGCUGUGGUUCAAGCCAUGAAGGUACUUGAGGUCCAUGAAAACUUGGACAAGCAAAUUCCUGAGGAUUACGAGGAAGACCUCACAGAAAAUGAGAAGGCCAUUGUCCGAGAGAUGUGUAACGUCGUAUGGCGCAAGUUGGAAGACGCCGCCAGCUCCAAGCCAUCCAUCCGGCAGCAUCUAGCAGGAAACCAGCUCAAAGGUCCGCAGUAAACAGAUCAGAGGAAAAGUAUACAAGAACCAGGGAUGGAAACUGUCUACGAAAAUCAGAUCUGUUUCCACUGCCUACAGAUUUUGACAUUGGUGGACUGUAAUUCUCGACUGGACCAAACCACUCAUCAGAUCUCAAUUUUGUAACUAUGAAGGGUUCCAGACUGGCAGUUAGUUUGUCGUCUUUUAUUCUCCAGGUGUUGAUUGUAGGAAUACAAAGUGCCAAAUCAAUGCUUUUAUCCUUCAGUGUUUAUCUUUAGAAUUUCCUGGUCAUGGUCUGGUCCUAUGCUCCAUGUGCAGCUUUCUAUACUCCAUAGAUCACCUAAAAUACUGUUUCCAUACUCUGUUUGUUACUCUGAGGUCACAUAAAUACCCAGUUUCCACCAACGUGCCGGAGCUGGAUAGCUGGAAAAUUUGAUCGAUAACCGACAUAGUUUUGUCUAAUAUCAUCGGUGCCGGCAGUGAAACAACUUGCCACCACUUAUUAGCAAUAUAACGUUACAUAUUUUUUUAUUUUGUGAAAAGCAAAAGAUCUAUUUGCUGGCCAGAUUUAAUAAUAAAUGAUAAACAUGUCGCAGGUGGAGUAAAUAAAAUAUUGUGGUGCUCGAGUGACAAAGUGAUCAGGAGGUAGACAGCAAUGUUCAGUUUUUAGCAGACUCUUUUAUUACACAAUCCCUAAAAGGAUGGCAAUAAAACAAACUUUAAGAGAGACAAAAGUGGAUACAGGCAAUAGAGACCGAUCACAAUGAGU